AUUUUAUUUUGUAGAUUUUCUUGUAGUGGCGAAAUACCCAUAUAAGAUUUUUUUGGAGAAAAUUUAAUAUAUCUGAUCCUCUUGUUUCACGGGCAAGUACCAAGUACGAUCCUGCCAAUUCAAACAAAUCGUUAUCAGUCACGAUAUAAUUAAAAGCUAAAACCAUCUUUUAAAUACACAUAACCAGUUUCCUUCAAAUAUACCGGAUUUUGGACAUAGCGCUUCAUUUGUCGACAUCCCACCGGCCAGUUUACAUUAUAUUGUUUAAACAAUUGCCUCAGCACACUAGUUUUUUCCAUUACUUUGUUUAAUUUACUCAUAUAUUACUUAUAAAAGUAUUUUUAAUAUAUAAAAAAUAAAAAUAAUUAUGUUGUCAACUUAUAACAGAAUGGUAGUGGGACAACCUCUCCAGUACUACCAGGGCUACGACAGUUCUCCUCCAUUAAAUCCAGGAUUUUCAUACUUUAAGCAAUUUGAAAACUAUUCUACGCCUAUGGAGCACCAUGAAGAGUACCCCAUGACAAUUUCACCUAGCAAUAGCACCCAGAGUGACAGUGAUAAUUCGGUGUCUAGCAUCGAAGUGCCGUCGCAGUCCAUAGAGAUACCGAAAAAAGAUGAAAAAAGACAGUGCCUUUGGCAAAACUGUGGAAUAAUUUUCACGUCGUUGAAUGAGUUGGCCAGUCACGUGGGAAACUGUCAUUCGUCCAGCGGACCGGGAGGCUUAUUCUUCUGUGGAUGGGACGGAUGUACGAGGAACAACAAAGGAUUCAAUGCUAGAUACAAGAUGUUAGUCCAUGUCCGCACUCACACAAACGAAAAACCCCACAAAUGUUACCAAUGCGAAAAAUCCUUCUCCAGAGCAGAAAACCUAAAAAUUCAUUCAAGGUCCCACAGCGGGGAAAAACCCUACGCCUGUCCCGUUCCAGGCUGCAACAAAGCCUACUCCAACUCCAGCGAUCGUUUCAAGCAUACCAGAACCCACUCGGUCGAAAAACCGUACCAAUGCAAGGUCCCAGGGUGCCAAAAACGGUACACCGACCCGAGCAGCCUAAGGAAACAUGUCAAGACCUACAAGCAUUUCGUCAGUGACAGUUCUGAGGCCAGCCAUCAAGUAGCCGUGCCCAAAUCACCAGAAACAAUUGAAAAUCGUGUGGAAUUCGUGCAAGAAACAAUAGAAAACCACGUUCCUGUCAUAACUGUCAACAACAUCAACUGUGAGGCUCGUGCUCAAGGUCAUACAGAGGACAUCUUCAGGCUGGGUGCCUUUAUUGACAUUAAAAGUGACAGUUACGGGUUUGUUGACACUUAUGACAGAAAAAAACUGUAUAGACCGUAUGAAAUUGGCACUGAAAGUAUACCAAUGGAGUUGGAUACUCCUCUAGAUCUAAGUUUGAGAAGAAAUGUCUGAUAUGAUUACGUGUUAUUUUUUUUUUUUUGAUUGCAAGACUGUGUUUUCUAUUUUUAUUAUUCAGUAUUAAUGAGUGUUUUUGUUUGUUUGUAUCGUUAUGUAUACCAGACAGUAAUAAAAGUAUGUGAUAAUGCUAUAAAAUUAUAUAUUUAUUAUAUUUGUAUUUAAUAAAGUUUAAGACAGAUAUUGUUAA